GGUCCAUGUCCCCCACUCUGUCAUCAAUUGCCUAUAAAGAAGCAAGUGAUGCGUUGCUCUGGCAAAAUUGAUCAAUCUUAAUCAUCACUCGGUGAAAAUGUCUUGCUGCGGAGGAAAUUGUGGCUGUGGCGCCGGAUGCAAGUGUGGCAGUGACUGCGGAGGUUGCAAGAUGUAUCCUGACAUGAGCUUCUCUGAGAAAACCACCACGGAGACGAUGGUUCUCGGUGUGGCACCGGAGAAGGCACACUUCGAGGGAGCUGAGAUGAGCAUCGGAGCUGAGAAUGGAGGCUGCAAGUGUGGUGACAACUGUACUUGCGACCCUUGCACUUGUAAAUGAUGAGAUCAGAGGAAGAUCUGACCUCGUUAUAAAAAGAAAAUCAGACAUAUAAAGAAAUAAUGGAUCGAGUCUAGCGGUAGCUAAGUUGUGCGUCUGUUCGUGUCUCUGUCUGUGUUUUUAAGCUUCAAUAAAGUAGCCAUUGAACAAGUUUAUGCAGAUCUUGUAUUAGGAUUUUGCAGAAACUGUAUAUGGCUACUUCUUGGUUGAGUUUAUAUGUAUAUAAGGUAUGCAUGCAUGUUGAUUUACAAGCAUGAAUGUAUAUGAGGAGUAAGCUUUUGAUAUGGCUUAAUGGAAAACUUCCUUGAAAUUUUAGCUCGUUAAA